AUGCCUACAAGACGGAAGGUGCUUGCGCCAGAGCAAACAGAUGAUCAACACCUCAAAGGUUUGAAAUCUUAUCAAUUUGAGCGUCUCAAGCGCCGCUUCAAUCAUGAUGCAAUAUACCAUAUCAAUGAAGUUUGUGCUCUGGGCCAUGUGCUCUUUCACCAGAUCAAACUUGCACCUGCCGUAGUGAAGCCUGCUCAGCUUGAUGGAUGCAUUUAUAGAAAUGACUUCAUCAAGGACGUACGCUAUGCCUCUUACGGGAUCAAUUCAAUUAUCAAAUCAAUAGAAGCCUCCGAGCUCAAUCUUGCCCAAGAGAAAUGGGCUGUCAAGCUACCUUGUAUCAAUGAGAAAAUCUGGGAAAUCAUCCACGCCGCCGAUAUACUCCAAACCAAACAAUCAACUGAACCAGAAAAUCUUCAAGUCAGGAAAGCUGCCAAACUCGCCAAACUCUCAAUUCCGAUGAUCAAGUUAAUCAAGAUUUUCCUGACCAAGAUUUCAAAACAAGGGAUCAAUCAAAAACGGUUCCCAACUUACACAAAGAUGAGUUUGGAACAGAAUAACUAUCUAGCCCAUUUGGUUGCCAUCUUCGGCGAAGAUUUCAAGAGCCUACAACUACUCUAUCCAAAAAUUGAAGCAACUGGGUUUGGCGCUGCGACUAGCCGUGAGACCGUACAAAUAGCCAAUGAUAUUGAAUCUCAUGUGAUAACUACUCUAUCCCCUGUCCUCAUGUACUAUCUUCCUUUGAUCAAAGACACCAAUGGUAUUGCUACCUUGAAAGAGCAGUAA